AUGUGGCUGCAGCAGCGGCUGAAGGGGCUGCCGGGGCUGCUCUCCAGCAGUUGGGCGCGGCGGCUGCUGCUGCUGCUGGCGCUCCUGCUCGUCGCCUACUGGUACCUGGGGGCGGUGCGGCGGCGGGGCGCGUGGCGGGGGGCUGAGCCCCGCGGCCCUGCCGCCCUCUGCUUGCAAGCGGCCACGGGCAUCUGGCGAGCGCAGGCCGAGCGCGGCGAUGCGCUGCCGCUGCCAGAGGAGGCGACUGGGGCCGGCGGGCCGGGGCCAGGCCUGGCGCUGGCGGGUAACGGCUUCCUACUGCUGGACGUGGUCGCCGGCCGCCUCUGGGUGUCGGCGGCGGGAUCCGGCGGCGGCCCGGCGCUCGCCACCGAGUACCCUGCAUUGGUGCGGCUGAGGGCGCUGGGCGGGCGCGGCGAGGCGCGGGCUGUGUUGGCGGCGCUGCGGGACGGUGCCGUGCGGCGGGUGCGCUGCGUCCAGACCGGUUCCGGGGCGGGCGCCGGGGACUGCGUGACGGUGCGGGAGGAGGUGGUGGCCCACCGGAGCCGGCCGCAUCUCUAUCUGCAGCGCAUCCGCAUUGCCAACCCCACCGAGCGGGUGGCCGCCUUCGAGGCUUCGGCCCCAGCUUCUGCGCCCUCGCUGGGUGGCCGCUUCGCCACCAGCCUGGAGAAGGUGGAGGAGAGGCAGUUCUUGCUGUCUUCUGGUCGCCUGCUGCUGGCCGGGAGCCCCAAGGUGGUGCUUAUGGUGGUGGCUGCCAAGAAGCUGGUGAGCCGGGUGCAGGUUGCACCCAAAUCCCAAUUCGAUGAAACCGUGCUGUCCGUGGUGUACACCUCAGAGCCCAUCGAGGUCUCCAGGCUGGAGGAGACCUUCAGCAAGCUAAGGGAAUCAGCCAAGAAAGAGAUGAUGGAGGUGAUGCAGAUGGGAGUGGAAGAUCUUUUCCAAGAGCACCAACAGACUUGGUCUGACCUGUUCAUUUCAGGGGUUGAAAUGAGAAAGAUCACAGAUUUGCAUACACCAUCCAGUGUGACUGUUAACAUGACCCUCUACUAUGUGCUGUCAACCAUGCCAGCUCCUCUGCUAGAUCCGCUCAUUAGUGGUGAGGACAGAGAAAAAAUGGAAGCCAGCUUGAACUAUGCUGACCACUGCUUCAGCGGCCACGCAACCAUGCACGCAGAGAACUUGUGGCCGGCAAAGCUGACCAGUGUCACCCAGAUCUUGCAGCUCUCAGACCUGUGGAAGCUAACUCUCCAGAAACGGGGAUGCAAGGGGCUUGUGGCAGCUGGAGUCCAUGGACUUAUGCAGGGAAUGGUGCUUAGUUUUGGGGGGCUGCAGUUCACAGAAAACCAUCUUCAGUUUCAGGCUGACCCUGAUGUACUUCAUAACAGCUACUCCUUGCGUGGGAUCCAUUACAACAAGGACUUGAUUAAUCUAGCUGUCCUGCUGGAUGCUGAAGGAAAGCCCUUCUUGCAUGUGUCUGUGAAAUUCCAAGACAAGCCAGUCAGACUCUAUGCGUGUGAGGCAGGCUGUAUGAACGAGCCUGUGGAGCUGACCUCAGAGGCACGAGGUCAUACCUUCCCUGUCAUGGUGACUCAACCCAUCACACCACUGCUUUAUAUAUCGACAGAUUUGGUCCACUUGCAGGACCUGAGACACACACUCCAUCUAAAAGCUAUUCUCGCUCACGAGGAACACAUGGCCAAGCAAUACCCAGGCCUGCCCUUCCUGUUCUGGUUCAGCGUGGCCUCCUUAAUCACGUUGUUUCACUUGUUUCUAUUCAAACUCAUCUACAAUGAAUAUUGUGGGCCAGGAGCCAAGCCACUCUUCAGGAGUAAGGUAUAAGGCUGCUGUUUCUGGCUGCUGUCCACUGAGUGUUGUCAACCUGAUUUUCUGUCAGCUGUGCCUAGGGAGGUGCUGUCUUGGACUGUGAGGGUCUUCAGUCUCUUGCAACAAGUGAUCUGUGAUCUCUUGCAAGAAGUAGGGCUAGGGCAGGGAUUAGGAACAAGAUAAAUCCAUUGUCUCUCCUUAAACAUCUGCAAGGCUGCACAGCUUUUCUGUCCAUUUUCCACACAUUGGAAUGCAGGACAUUGCUUCUUUUUAAGCCGAAAGUUGCAGCUGUGUCUGCCACGAGGUGAUGUUUCUUGUUACGCAGUAUCAGAGUGCUUUGGAGAGCUGCUGGAGUUGUCAUUACUAUUGUGUGAAAGAUGUGCACACUUGUCUGCCUGGUUUGAACAUCACACAAUGCUAGCUGGUGUUCCUAGGUAAAGGUGCUGACUUGUUGGAACUACUGGUCAUAGAUUUACAGACACUGUGCAGCUCCUUCAUCAAACCACGUUUACUAGCAUUGUUUUGGGAAGCUGCUGCUCCCACUCAGAUACAGUACAUAGCUGUGUUAAGAAAAGUACUGAGUGCUUUUCACUGUAAGGUGGAGGUUCUGACUUCAAGGUCUACUGCAUCUCACUUGGGUGUAAAGAAUUGGAAAUUCUUGUUUUGAGUUGCCUUAGAAAACUUACUUACUAAUAAAAGCUUAGCACAGAAUAGACAUAAACAGUGAUUUCUGCUCUUAUAACUGGUACCUUCUAGUUGCUUGUUGGAAUGGAAGUGAAAGACAAGAGUUGGAUUUGCUGUGUUAGCUACCUGUGUCAUUCAGAGGCAUCCCUCCUGAGGGCUGAAUGAGUUAAAUGUAGUUUGUGUUUAAAAAAUAAAUAAAAAAUGAAAAUGGGCAUAAUGAAAUAGAGAUAGCAGAGGAAAAGUUCUACCUUUAUACUGCCCUGUUUUUCCAAAUUAUAAAAGCAAAUUCAGUUUUGGCUAGGUAAGGCUGCACAGAAGGUACUGGGCUAAACUUGACAGUCAGUAUGUAAGGGGUGUUUAAAGUCAGUUAGCAAGUUUCUCCUCAGCUCACUGGCACUGUAAUGCUGAGCACUGGAGAUCAGCCUGAUCUCAAGCAGGCCUCAAUACCUGUCAUCCAUUGAAGGAACAAGAAGGAAAGGUGCUUGUGGCUUGACAAACUCACCUAGGAAGAGGUAGAUUUGUGUAUCAAAGACAACGGCAGUCAUAAGCCUACAACCAUGAUCAAAACCUCAGUGCAAAAGCAGGAAGCAUUCAGGCAGCAAUUCCAAUUAUUGUGUAUACAGCUGUGCCCUGACGUGUGCUUGAUAAAAUGAUGUCCUUUUUUUUCACUGGUAUCUGGUUGCCUUUGUCAUCUACAAGACAUGCCUUCUGCCUUUUACAAAGUGACUUGUUAACCAUUACUGCAGGUGACUGUCCCUGAUGCCAUCCUCUGAAAGCCCAGGAGCUACACAGCUACACUCCAGGGCUGACCUAAUGCCUCUUUCUUCUUGACACUGCAGAGAGCCUCACAGUGUACAGCAAACAAGUCUGCUGCCUUGUUUUAAUUUGACCUGCCUAAAAUGAAGAUAAUGCAAGACUUGAUUCCAGAAACAGGGAUGAAGUGGAAAGCAGCUGAAGCUCAGAAUCUGAGGAAGCAAGAUGUGAGGUGUUGGAAUAACUCCCUGGCUUAUUUACUGGAUGUUGACCAUCCCAGUGUCCAAGUGAAUUUGGUCCUGCUUUCAGCCUUCAUUUGCACAAGACAUCUGACCAUUUUGCAGCUGAGAACAAGGACCUUUUGAAAGCAACAAUCCUUUUGUGCCUUGUUGAGAGGAAUCUGAGACUUGGAAGGUGUAGUUAUUCAAGAGUUUACCCCUGAGGCUUGUGUAACAGAUGUUUCUUUCUCCUUGUAAUCAGUUCCCUAAAGAGUAAUCCACUUGGUGAGAAUACUUGAAGAUAUACUGCGUCCUUUGAUACUCUGAUUUGAUUUUUACAAGAAAAUAAAGAAUGAUGAUUCCAUUCAGAGAGUUAACUAGAAGUCUUUAGUUAAACUUCCUUUUAAUUUAUUGCUUGGGGGGAGGGAGAGGUUGUUAGUAAUUUUGCCUCCACUUUGGUAACAAGGCAGUCAGUUGAAGUGUAGAUGUUUGAGUGCUGGUAACAGGGUUUCAGCCUUUAUGAUUGUAGAGUGCAAAACCAAUUUAAUUAAAUUGUUUCCUGGAUUUACACUUGGAAAUGCUGAUCUGCAGGUUUCUUCUUCUAAGCAUAUUGAGACUUUGUGAAUUGAUUUGUUUUGGCUGAGGAGGGUGGGGGGAAGACAUCCACUUUCUAGUGACGUAAAGGUCAUUUGGUUUUCAC